AUGAUCAUACCGCAGCAAAGAUGGGCCUGGAGUGUUGGAGACGUUUUUUCCACAGUCAGGUUAGCUAUCUUUCAAUCAUCAACUGAGUUUAAGCAGUAGCUUGACAGACUUGUCUUGUUAUGAAUAACAUAUAUAACACACUGUGAAAAUCACAAUAGUUAAGACAACAACAAAAUCGUUAAUGUGCCAGACGGAAAAAAACCCAAUUCAAAACAGGAAAAAACAUUUAUUUUUUUCCUGAUUUGAAUCGAGUUUUUGCGUAAUAAACCGGGGUUUUUCCCAAGUUAGUUGGUCCAUAAGAUUUCACAAUCAGUAACUAACCCCUAGAAAUGUAUGCGCUGCUUGCAGGUGCGCGUAACUGAACAUGUUCACAGAAAAUUUUAUACAGAAAAGAAACAAAGGAAAAAUAUUAACAGUGUUCUUUUACUUCUUCUUAUUAUAGCUCUGUCGUAGCAUUUACAAUAAUUUUUCUACAUCACCAACGUUGGAUUGUUCUCCGCCGCACAUUCAUAUUGGGAGCAAUCAUGUAUGGACUCCGCGCAGUUAUCCUGGGAGUCACUUUUUUACCGCCUUCGUUCCACAACAGAGACGAAAUUUGCCAACCACAAGUGAACAGAACUGCAAUGUACGGAAUGGAAAUUGCCACGAGGUUUGAUUUGAAAAAACAAAGAAGUUAUGUUUCUGUUACAGGUUCUUAACGUACGUAAUCACGUUAGGGUUGACAUCCGGACAAGAGAAAAUUCUAUGCGGAGAUUUGAUGUUCAGUGGGCACACAGUUGUUCUCACAAUCAUGUAUUUUGUUCAACUGCAGUAUACACCAAGAAAAUUAGUUAUUCUCAGGUUCAUUUUGCUCGGUAAACCUCUGCAAUUUUUGAGCAGAACUUUAGCAACUUUUGCCCGACUACUGCUCAAAUGUUGCUAAAGUAUUGUUUAAAAGCUGCUAUCACCCCAAAGUAAGCUCAAAAGUUGCUGAAAUGUUGUUAAAAAGCGUUGUUGAAGAUGUUUACCGAGUGGAUUAAACAAAAAUUAAUUUCAAGAACCAAAUUGCUCACAGAUACCUUUUCCCAGGUAUAUUGCUGCACCAAUCACUUUUCUGGGAAUUGGUGCACUUGUAGUGUCAGGCGGCCAUUACACUAUGGACGUGAUGAUUGCGUACUGGCUAACAAGUCACGUCUUUUGGUCUUACCACCAGAUCUUUGAAAUGAAAAAAGAAGAAAGAACACAAGCCCCGUUGAGUCGUCUUUGGUAACAAGUGGUUAAAAAAAUCAAUCCAAACGAAAUUAUUACAGGUGGUUUUGGUUAUGUUACUGGUUUGAAUCAGAAGUUUCAGAUGGCAAAUUAGUGAACAAAUGGAGUUGGCCCUUUGAAGGCCCAGCAAAAAUGCAUACAAUCAUGAAUAGAGUCAAUUUGAGGUUGCAAUGAUUGUAUUAAAUUAUUAGGUUAAUUACUGAGUUUCCAUCUUCAAAAAUGUUUCAAGAAAUAUUUGGGAAAUGUUUCGUUACGUUUUUCAAACCAGUAACUCUCAAAGCUGGCGCCUCUCGAAUAAUGAUUUCUGGUUUUAAUUUAUCUUCAACAAAAAAAUUAAAAUUUUAAAUAGAUUAACUCUUGGCACCCUAUCUUUGAAAUAGGGAAUUUAUUCACACGUGAUGCUCUGCCCUAUAUCCCGCCUCAUAAAUUUAACAAAUAAACUACAAACCGGUUUCUCAGCAGUGCUAGAUAAAAAAGAAAGCUUUCAGUAGCUUGAAACCCGGCGUAGCCGGGGGGCAGGCUUGUGUUUUAUAACAAGGUACCUCCAUGUACCGUUUGGUUGGGAAUUUUCAACAAAUUGUCUGAGUAGAUUUUUUAGCACCUUGUAAUUACCUUUUGAGAUAGUUUUCAUUAUUCUAAUAGUCUAAAUAUUCUUAAAUGCAAGGCUGAGAAAACCGUACAUUUCGCUAAAACUCGUCAUAUAUCCAUCCUGGCCUACAACCUUGUUUGUUCCACUUCUUAAUAUUCAUUCAAUAGAGUUCCAUCCGAAUAACAAGUUAAAAAAAAAUUAUUUACUAGCACUUCAAAAUUCAAAACUUCAAAGCCGCGAACUUUUCUAUUUUAUCACUGAAAUUCACAUUGAUAGCGGUUGAGUACGAUUGCCACACUUAGAAAUGUUGAGUUCUGACUGAAUAGGACUGAAAAAUUUACGGCUACAUAGUCAGAGAAAAAAAAACAAGAGGGUGAUACGUGUGCAUGAUAUAUCUAUUUCCUACAUAGAGAGCCAUUUACUAUCAUUUCCAUUAAUGUUCUUACUUCUGACGUUUGACUGCAAGGGGUUAGCAAAAUGCCAGCCUAUAGAAAAACGCUUCAAUUUUGUAUCGCCGCAACGCUUUGUGAAUCUCUAAGCAGCGGAUACGGUAUAACCUGCAUAUCUAUUGGCGUUGGCGAUAAUUCUAAUUUCAGUCGCGCUCGACACUCCGUGCAUAACUAUAUUGAGUCGCUAUGCAACGAAUUUCGCCAUGGGACAGUCAAAUUGGCGCGAAUUUAAGUUUUAA